GGGCCGCCGCCAAUGGAGGCGGCAGCGGCGGGGGCCCAAUGGGAGCCGCCUGCGCGCCUUGAAGGGGCCGCGCCGCCGGGCGCCGCCGCACUGUGCCGCCGCCGCGGGGCCGGGGCCGCCCGGGACGCGCUGCGCUGCGCGGGGCCGCUGCGCCCGGCGCCGCCCGCCACGGCGCUCCCAUGGAAAAAUCCAAAAAUUUCCGCAUCGACGCGCUCCUGGCUGUCGACCCCCCCAAGGCGGCGGCGCAGAGCGCGCCGCUCGCCCUGGUCACCUCGCUGAGCGGCAGCGGCAGCCCCCCGUCCUCCUCCUCGUCCUCCUCCUCCUCCUCCUCCUCCUCCGCCGCCGAGCACCCGGCCGCCGCCGACCGCCUGCGCGCCGAGAGCCCCUCGCCGCCGCGCCUGCUGGCCGCGCACUGCGCCCUGGUGCCCAAGCCCGGCUUCCUGGGCGGCCCCGGCGGCCCCCCCGCGCCCGGCGGCCCGGCGGCCGGCAUGGCCCUGGGCCUGCACCCCGCGGCGCCCGGCGGGCCCGGCGUGCCCCCGCAGGCCGCCCUCUACGGCCCCCCGGUGUACGGCUACUCGGCGCUGGGCGGCCAGCACCCGGCGCUCUCCUACGCCUACCCGCCGGUGCAGGGCGCGCACGCCGCGCACCCCGCCGCCGAGCCGCUCAAGCUGGGCGCCGGCACCUUCCAGCUGGACCAGUGGCUGCGGGCCUCCACGGCCGGCAUGAUCCUGCCCAAGAUGCCCGACUUCGGCUCCCAGGCGCAGUCCAACCUGCUGGGGAAGUGCCGGCGGCCGCGCACGGCCUUCACCAGCCAGCAGCUGCUGGAGCUGGAGCACCAGUUCAAGCUGAACAAGUACCUGUCGCGGCCCAAGCGCUUCGAGGUGGCCACGUCGCUGAUGCUCACCGAGACGCAGGUGAAGAUCUGGUUCCAGAACCGGCGCAUGAAGUGGAAGCGCAGCAAGAAGGCCAAGGAGCAGGCGGCGCAGGAGGCCGAGAAGCAGAAGGGCGGCGAGGACAAGGCCGCCGAGGAGCUGCUGCUGGCCGCCGCCGAGAAGGGCGGCGGGCGGCGGCUGCGGGAGCUGCCCGACAGCGAGCCCGACGAGGAGGAGGAGGAGGAGGAGGAGGAAGAGGAGGCCGCGCGGUGCUGCCCCUACCACUCCUCCGACUGCUCCGAGGCGGAGGAGGACGAGGCGCAGCCCCGGGCCCGGCCCGGCGCCCCGCCGCCCGCCCCAGCGCCGCCCCAGUGAGCGGCUCCCCCCCCGGCCCGGUCCGGCCCCCCGCCUGGAGGGGGGCGCAGAAGAGGAUGCGCUUCCCCGCGCGGGGGAUCCGCGGUGAAUACAGUGUUAUUUAGUGACUGAAACCAGGCAAAACUUGACCCCCCCCCCCAUCCCCGGCCCCUGGAAACGCUCUCCUUUCGCUGAGUAUCGGAAAUGUUUUGUUCUUACUCUAUAUCGGGGGAGGGGGGAAAAAACUGUUUAUGUCAUGAACGUUAAAACUGCUGGAAAUCUCAAUACUGUCUUUAUUUUUGUAUAUUGUAUUUAUAAAAAAAAUUACCUCUACUUAUGCAUGCUAAAUUAUUACCCAGGCCCUCCCACCCGCGCGGUGGGGGGGCAAAUAAACAGCGUUUUGUACUUGA